CAAACACUAACGAAAAUCACUCACUUCCUAUCUCAAAUCCGAGCUCAACAUUGACAAAAUACUACAUACGAAUACACUAUAGUAAACGAUCGCCCUACGUCGCAAUUGAGAAUAUACAAUAACCCAACUGGGAAGGCAGUAUAUCUACUAUCGCUAUGGCUGAAAACUUGCAAUCUUCAACCUUUUCUUCUCUGAACGCGGAUCCGUCCCAGAUCCUGAACUUUAAAGGACUCGAGAACGUCCCUACUAGCGGGCUCGCUUUUAUUCCAUUAUCGCCUUUCAGAGAACGCACGGCAUCUUCAAAUCCGGCUAUUUCGGCCGCUACUACGGCUGUCCAGGCCAGCACGGAUGAAAGCCAAUCGCACUCGGAUUCCAGCUCGGGCACCGACAGUAGUAGUGUGCGGAGCAGUGCCGAGGAGAGCAGCGCCGCCGAGGAUAGUGCCGACGACGAUGGCGAGGCUCUUGACAGCGAGGCGAACAGCACCGAUAUCGAGAACUAUAUACGCGAAUCCAUGAGCAACAAUGUCGAGGGAGGUUAUGGAGAACUUGGCAGCGACAGCGACAGCGGCCACGACGACGACGACGACGACGACGACGACGACGACGACGACGACGACGACGACGAUAACAACGACAACAACGAUGACGAUGACGAUGACGAUGCCGAUAGCGAUGACAUGAACGAGCUGCUGAUCUUCGAGUCCGAUCACGAGCCCAGUCCUGAGUACGAUCGAGUGCCAAAUCAUGGAUUCGGCCACAACACCGACGACAAGGAGCUGGAGCCAGCUCAGAUCCUCAGUGACAUUGUAGCUGUUCCCCAAGUGGUUGGAGACCUUAGGGUCAAUACGCAACCUGCUGCUACUCCUUCCAGACUGGCCACAGCUAUCGUCGCUGCUGCGCCUACGUCAAUAGUGCCAACGAAACGCAAGGCUGGUGGCGAAUGGGAUGAAGCUCGAAGAAAACAAUUUUCGGCCGUCAUGAAACAACGAUGGGCAGACGGCAGAAUGUCCCACGUUGCAGAUACCCUGAGGAAGAACAACGCCCUUAGGUUAAAAGAGGCGAAAAAUGCGAUACGAGGUGCUCUGGACACGCCGGCAGAUCAUCCAUCGGCAUCAAAGGCAGAAGCAAAAGAGAGUAUUCCAGACACGCUAACAGGUCAUCCAACAGCGUCGGAGGCAAAAGCCAAAGAGGGCGCUUAUACGCCAACAGACAUAGCUGCUUCAGGUCGAUCCUAUCGUGAAUGGAUUGAGAAUGGCGUGCCCGGUAGUACGCAUGGAGCCCUCUUGCCGGAUGGGUACCAACCCGUCGAUGGAUUCUUCCCUUGGAUAUGUCCGGUUCGGAAAUGUGGGAAGUCUAGUGAAACCUUACACAACCUGGGCCAACAUUUUAAGUCCGCCCACCACGGCCAUAUGUUUUAUGACAACCAAGACGGAACCUUAACAGACUUGGGGCCUGGGUUUCAAGAAGCGACGCCCAGAGGAAAGGGCGCCAUUGUCGUCUCCAUGGCAAAUACCUCCACGUCACUCGAUGAUCCCAUGGCCUUGGAUAAAGUCCCACGCGCCACUUCAUCGUCAGAACCGGUUGGGGACAGAGCCAGUAUGUGGGCAUACAUCGAGCCGCUCCUGGCCAAGCAUAGAGGGCGGGAGAUGCCCCACGGCGGCUAUGUCUGGGAGCUGAGCAUCCUCCCUCGGGUGCGAGACCUGAACAUCAACUUCGAAUGGCAGCGGACGCAUCCCUUCACGGAUGUUCAUCCCAGGGAUGUAUCGGCGGUCAUCAUCCAACUGACGGGAGAACCCGCUGCGACACCUUGCAAAAGGUGUCAAGAGGGUAGGGGCCCUUGGAAAGGUUGUAUUAUGAUCUCUUCCAAGGCGGACAACCGUCCUCUGGCAAAUAUUGUUUCCUGUGCCAAUUGCUUCUACCACUUUGGUCAGACGUAUUGCAGCCACAAAUCUUGGGGCGUAGAGAGGUCCCGACGUAUCUUGAGAACGAGGGGCAAGACGACUGACGAGAUCCAAGCGUUAACGAGUCCCAACUCUGGCCAAACAAAACCGGAUACAAGAACCUCAAAGUCGGUGGUAGGAUAUACCCCUGAGCUACAAGGCGGCUCUACUAUGUCCACCCACAAGCAGGACGAAACAUCUUUACAGAAAUAUGAUAACGACAAGCCUGAGUCCGAGAGCCGGCCCCUGCCUCCAAACAACGCCCAAAGGAACUACGAACCCGCGAAAUCUACCAUCCCUCUGACCGAUGAUCAAAAGGCUCUUUGGAACUACAUCAAGCCACACCUCGCCUUCACCGCAGAGGUUCCUGAAGUAGGCUACAUCAAAGAGCUCCUUUCCCUCCCACGGGUUCGCGACCUCGUGCUCACCCCCGAUGAGCCCUUCGCGGAGAAGCACACGCGAGACAUAGCCGCCCUGAUAAUCCAGGUUACAGGAGACGAACUGGAGAUGCCGUGCACGCGAUGCCGCCGGGAGCAGGGACCAUUGUUCAAGGGGGGCUGCGUCGCCAUCAAGACCGACGCCCACCCGGAAGCCAGGAGGGUUUACCAAAGCUGCGCAAACUGUACCUAUGACAGCAAGGGUGGCGCGUGCUCUCGCGGCAAGGGAAUUCCUAUGCGACCGCAGCCGCCUUUCCCGCCAAAAGUACCUGGAAUCACCAAGAGUACGGAUGGUGUCUGGUUGAAAAGAAGAGAGGGGGGAGGAGGAUUGCCUAGACACACCACAGCAACAGCAGUCUCGCGGCCACAACGGCAGGCGGCCCUGGCUGCGGCUAGGACUUCGCUUAUCUCGGCCGGCGAGGUCCAGUCGGCGGAUAUGUUUGAUAUGGAAGAGUGGGAGAUGGCGCCUGGUCGAAUCCUCAAAUCAAACACCGACAAACCGAUUAGCGUCGCCUAUUCCAAACCCUUCCUGUCAACCGGCCAUGCAGUCCCAGUCUGGAACGACGUACAGUUCCAGGUCAAGACCAUCUCUACAGGCCAGACCAUUACUAUAGACCCGGAUGACUUCCAGACGCGGCUCGUGUCAAUUGGAACCGGUAAGCUCUGGGUGAAGCUCGGUGACGAACCUCAGUUCACGAUCGGCCAGGACGGCAUGUUCAGGGUCGAGCCCGGUAUGGCGUGCACGAUUGAGAACCGCGUUUAUGUGGAUGCUACUGUGCAUAUUACGCAUCUUCCAUGGUGAGAUGGGUACGUAAAACGCGUGGGUCAGGUUGCCGACGAUCUCUACUGCGUAGGAGCACCCGGAUGGCCAUACACUACAGAGCCACGAAACUUUGCUUGUCCUGGUCCGCGUCCGGUAUCUGACAAAGCAAGGGGGGUUACCCUGGCUCGCAACCGCAAUAUCGGCUUCUUUCCGAGGGAGUUAAGGCGGAGUGUACCAAGGAGGCUGAAGAAGACUGAACAAGGGAGCAAAACAUGUGAGGAUCAUGGGAGGUUUCAAGAGUUCGUUAUUUGGGUCAAUCCUGUUAUGUUGUCAUCUGAUUAAUUGGCAGUUUGGGGUUGAGAGCCACGGUGGGGGGAAGGUCUAUCACAGGUGUACAUGUGGACUCCGUUGUACCUAAAAGAUUGAAAAGAAGGGAGAGAAGGCCAAUAGUAAUAUAUGUUUCUAGUUUCGUUA